AUGCCACGCCAAAAGCGAGAUUCUCCAGUUGACGAUGACUUCGAUACUCAGGCUGCACCAAAGCGUGUGAAGGUUGAGAAGCAGAACAGCAUUAAAAGUGAAGAAAAGAAAAAGCAAGCUAUGAUUCCUACAUCAUCACCUCCACCUGAACAAGGACAAGUCCACGAGUUUACUGCCAAUUCAACAGCAACAAUUCGCACUUCACCCGAUCCCAAGAAGAGUCAAAGACCCGCAGUCGACCACCUGAUCGAAGAUGAGGAGGAAAACAUCAACCCCCACUUUGGUCGAUCAAAGAGCAAUCGCAAAUCGCUCAUUUCCACAAAGAACAACCAUAUUGAUAAGAGCACUAAGUCAGGGACCCCCAAAUCGCAGACUCCCAUUCCGAAAGCGAAAGGUCGAGCCAAUAAGAGAAACAGAGAGGAUCCCUCGGAAGAGGAUUGCUACGUCGAGAAUCCCUCUAUCCACGGCGGCUCUAGUUCAGGGGAAGAGAAUGAAAUCACAACCCUUGACCGUGAGGAUAUUGAGGAAUUUCUCACCAGAGAGAAAGCCGGACGAUUGGCUACAGCAGUGAAAGUUCCAGUGGAUAGCAACAUGUCCGAAGAGGAAAAGAACUUGUAUCUUGGGCUCGCCCUCCGCGGAAUAAAACCAGUGAUGUCUUUUACCUGGUCAAGGGAUUUCAGCACGCUACCGGAAUCAUUGUUCGCCGUUCCAGACAACAGCGACUAUCAAGAAGCCAGAUUGGCUUUCAAAACACAGAAAGGUACCGAUUUUGCGGCAAUCAAAGCCUUCCGAGAGCUUCUCGAAGUCGGUGGUUUCGUCCGAGACUGCAGAUUGCUCACCUUGAAGCCUCAGGUGGUGAUCCAAAGAUUCAUCAAGAAGUACAUACGCUGGGCUAUCAACGACGCGGGCUUGAAAAUCGCUCCCAAGGCACUUUCUGUCCAUGUAAUCUACACCCAGAGAUCCGGUCAGACUGCCCUUUCUGCCGUCACCGGCCUCUCAAAUAAGAUGGAGCGCUUGGCCGAACGCCAUCAGAAAUUACACAGCGACUUUUACUUUGUAAGGAACUUGACCCACACUGAACAGCCAACAGACAGCGAACACAUCAGAUACUGGCCUACAUUAGUUGGCUUCCUUUUAUGUGGACCUAUCAUGACCAUCGUCUCCCUUAACACAGAUCCCAACUCUGUCGUUUGGAGCGAAAAAGCCAACAGUCGAGUGAAGUACCUCGGUCAGUUUGACAUGUCGGAGACUGAUCAGGACGUGUGGAACUCUCUCGCCAUUGCAAUUGCGGUGAUCAGUAUGAGAAAAAGUCUGGCACGACUUGCUGAUGAGUACUCGGGUCCUCAUCUUCCUCGCUUUCGUCAUCCCGAUGAUGGCACUGAUGAUGAAGAUUUAUAA